AUGAACCAGGGAGAGACGCAGUCGAACAGAGCACGGGAGACCGAGGUCAAGCUACUGGGCGGGCUCGAUGCAUACCGAAGACAUGCGCUGGCAAAUUUGCGCCUCAAGACCGUCAUCAAGGUGCGAGACGGAAACCUGGUAGCCAGCAUCGGCUCGAACCAUGCUACGGUGUACGAUGGCACCCACCUGGCCGAUCACGUCAGCGUCGCCGUGCAGUUUGUCAACUCUGCCACCGCCCACACGCCUGGCGGGAACCUGCGGGCAGCUACAUGGCUGCACCCCAUGCCUGAGACGACGGAGCCAGGCUGCCAUGGAAAUGCACGGCUGGCGAUUGCCGGGGACGAUGCCGCUGUGUCCAUCAUCUCCAUGGCUGAGGCGCGCGUGACGACGCUCCUUCAGGGGCAUGUGGCAGCUGCAUGGAGCCCAGAUGGGGAGUGCCUCUUAGUGGGCACGCGUCGUGGCAAGCUGUGGAAACUGUCUCCCAGUGGCUCUGCUGAUAUUGCCUGGGACAAGACGGAGCUGCCCCUUCCCAGCAAGGCCGGCUUCCAGUCUGCCGCCCUGGAUUGCCUGGGCAACAUGCUGGGUCGUUCGUUCGUCCAUUGCACUGCGACUGGCAAGUGCUUGGCAGCUGUGGAGCCUGUGCGUCUGCACGAGCCGGUGACCAGCGUGGCGCUUUCCUCUGAUUGCCGGCACUUGUGGGUCGCACUGGGCCUGGGCUUCAUCUUCAGAUACGAGUACCUGGGAGCUUUGGAGCUCACCUUUUGGUGGAGCUGGUUUGAGAACCUGUCGGCUUCUGUUCGGUCAGGGGACGCGUUGUCAGCCUAUAUCUACCUCAUCUCCAGACGCACCUCCACUGUGGGGAUCAUUCAGGGCAUCAAUGGCAUCUCACAGCUGGCCGCCGCUGUGCCUGCCGGCUAUCUGUGUGACAUCCUGCGGCGGGACAUGGUAUUACGCUCUGGAGCCGUGCUGGGGCUGCUUGCAGCAGGUACCCUGGCUACCACCAUGAGCCUGGCCCCCACGAUCGUCAAUCUUGCGGCGUGUGCUGGCCUGCUGGGCAUCUACCGCGGCAUUCACUCUGUGGCCAUGGAGUCCAUCUUCGCAGACAGCGUCGAGGCGGGCCGCAGUUCACUGUACACCAAAAAGUACAUCGUGACCGUGCUUGCCGCCGGAAGCGGGCAACUUCUUUCUUUCUUCGUCUUCCUGAGGCUGGGAAACCGCUGGCGCACGGGGGACUGCCGGGCCGUGGUCGAGGCAGGCCUGCUCCUCAUGCUGGCACCCCUGGUGCUGAUGCUCUUCUUCAACGACGACCUUGCCCUGGACCACGCCAGCGAGGCCGUGACGCUCCCUGACGCGAGCGGUGCGCCAACCUCCAAUGCGGAGGGGUGCACCGACGGCCCAGACCCGGAGCUCGACAUGGAGCGAAACACCGUGAUUGACCCCGGCAGUGAGCUGGACUUCCCACUCCUCCCCACUCCUGCCGCCCAACCUACCUCCUGCUGCCCACCGGCCGUCUUUGUCACGCUGUUGCUGACCCUGUCGGACCUGCUCAGCGGGCUGGCCUCAGGCAUGACGGUAAAGUUCUUUGCAAUAUUUUUCCUGGAGCAGUGCAGGCUGCGGCCGGCCACCGUGGCGGCCGUGGCAGCUGCGGCGCCCUGCGGCGUAGCCUUUGCCGCCGCGGCCGCCCAGCGCAUUGCUGCCAGGGUCGGCAGGGUGGAGGUAUCCAUCUGCACCAGACUCUUUGACGUGGGCCUGCUCAGCAGCAUGGCCUUCAUUUCCACAGCCAGGGCGCCCGCCAUGCUGACCGUGCACCUCCUACGAACGGCACUGGCCAACAGCACCCGGCCUCUCAUGCGCAGCGUGCUCAUGGAAGUGGUGCCCAAGCAGUACCGUGGCAAGGUGAACGCCUUUGAGAGCAUCACCAUGUUCUCCUGGAGUGGCUCUGCGGCCCUCGGAGGCGUGCUGAUAGAGCGUCUGGGGUUCCAGGCCACCUUCCUGGUGACCGCGGCGAUCAAGCUGGCUGCCUGCGUCCCCGUGGUCGUGCUGUGCGUCACGCUGCGUCGCUUGGGCCUGUCUGGCGCCCGCGACUGGCGGGAUGGGCGGGCGGCUCGGCGAUAG